AUGGAUGUAGUAGAAGAACAACAACAGGAACAACAACAAUAUGAAUAUGACCAACAACAACUAGAGGAGAAUCAAGAAUAUGAAUAUGUAGAGGAUGAUGAAUCAUAUCAACAACAAGAAGUAGAAGGAGAAGGAGAAGUAGAACAACAACAACAACAACAACAAGAACAACAACCAAUAGAUGAAUUGGAUGAAUUAAAUACCAAUAGUUACGAUAAUAGUGUUGAUGUUAGUAGUGUUGGUACAUCUGAUGAUGCACUCUACGGUGGCAGUAGUAUAGGUAAUAGUAGUGAAUUCACUGUUAAUGGAGUAGCAUUGACACAUAGAAAUAAGUUGGUUAGAGAGAUUGUAGCUACUGAACGAUCUUAUCUUGAGCAUCUCUCUUCUGCUAUCUCUUUAUAUUUGGAACCAUUAAAGAAUAAUAGACCAGCAGUAUUGGAAUCUGAAUACUCAUCAAUGAUAUUCUCAUGCAUUGAAAAGAUUAAAGAUCUAACUGAACAAAUGGUAACAGAGAUGUUGGAGAUAACAGAGACUGGUUCUGAAAAUGUAGCACUACCAUUCCUCAGUAAAAGAGAUCGAAUCAAUGAUCUCUACAUUGAAUAUGGAAAGAAUCACGGUGAUGCAUUGGAACUCAUCUCUAAACUAUUGGAAAAGAAACCAAGUUUUGUAACAUUUAUCGCUCAAGUUAGAGAAACUCAAAAAGGAAAUAGAUUGGAUUUACAAUCUUAUUUGAUUACACCAAUACAAAGAAUGCCAAGAUAUAAAUUAUUAUUAAAUGAACUGUUGGAAGUGACCGAAAAGGAUCAUCCAGAUUACUCGGAUAUCUUUAAUGCAUUAAAUAUGAUUGCAUCAAUCACUAAAUGUGUAAAUGAAGAAAUUAGAAAACAAGAAAACAAAUUAAAAGUGGAAAAGAUUCAAAAUAGUUUAAUUGGUGCUCCUGCAAGAAUUGUAUCAGAAUCUAGAUAUUUUGUAAGAGAAGGACAAAUGAUGAAAGUAUGUAGAAAGGUACCAAAACCAAGAUGGUUUUUUUUAUUCUCUGAUGCGCUGAUUUAUGCAACCACCACCAAUGUCAAUGCACAACAACCAAAUCCAGCCUAUGCAGCUGUCAAUACUCCAUCUGGUACAUCCUACACCUUUCACAGAAUGAUGUUACUCAACGACGUCAAAAUCAAAGAUCUCAAAGACAAGGAUUCCCAAAAGAAUGCCUUUCAAAUCAUUAGUUCAACAGAGAAAUCAUUUACAGUUUAUUCUGAAACUCAAAAAGAGAAAACAAAUUGGUUUCAAGAUUUUAAAUUAUUAUCUUUAAAAAUUAUUGAUGAAAAUGUAUCACAUGAUUUAGAAGGAUCAGAGGUAGCAGUUUGGGUACCAGAUAAAGAAGCAUCGAGAUGUAUGUUUUGUAAUGACCAAUUUACAAUUAUCAAUCGUAGACAUCAUUGUAGAAAUUGUGGUAAGGUGGUUUGUGGAAGUUGUAGUCCUGGUAAAAAGUUGAUACAACAUGUCAAGAAGAGUAAGCCUGUCAGAGUAUGUCUCUUUUGUUUUGAUUAUAUUGCUUUGGGUGAAAAGGAAAAGGAGCGAAGUUCAUCGGUAUCUAGUGGGUCUGGUGGCAUCCCAUUCUCAAUGGUGAUGGGUCAUCCUUUAUCUUCUAGUCAUUCCUCCUCCUCACCACAAAUGGCAAAGAAUCAAACUAAAUUUGGUAUUUCAAUACUUGAUCUAAACAAAAAGAGAUCAAACUCUUCAGCCACUCUAGUUCCAACAUCUCCAGACAAUUCUAUGCAACAUAGACAUGUUGAAGAUUCGACUGCGCCGAGUGAAGGUGGAGGAGGAGGAGGAUCACCAUCCAACCAUCAAUCAUUUGGAGGUACUUUACGUCGUUUGAAAUUGGCCAUCAAACCAUCAGACCAAUAUAAAACAAUGAAAAAGGAAAAGGAAAAAGAAAAAGAAAAAGAAAAGGACAGCAAGAACAAUGGUGGUGUACACGAUUAUUCAAGAACUCAAUCUGAACCAUUCCUUGUUCACAAGGCAAAAGGAGGUGUUACAUUACCUUCUUUGGCUGCUGGUUCUUCUCAAACUCUUCCACCAUAUUUAUUAAAACCAACCAAUAGCAAUAGCGGUAGUAAUAAUAAUAUCUCACCUCCCAAUCAUAAUGGUUCAACUAAUAAUACUAAUAAUAAUAAUAAUGUAAAUAAUACUACACGAAUUCCAUUACCAAUGAUGAUGAAUGUAAAGCAUGGUCAUAGUGCGAGUACAGGUAGUAUCAAUGUUGCACCACCUCCAAUGGCAUCAACAACAGCCAAGAGGGAAAGAAAUAGUGAUAUUGUACUCACACCUACUCCACCAGCUCCCACUAGAUCAAAUACUAUUGUAUCGGGAAGCAGUAACCCUAACAAUACAAUUGUAGUAGAUGACCAACCACCACCACCACCUCCACCAAGAAGAAACUCUAGAGCAGGAUCACAACCACCACUCCCAAAUAUCAUCAACACCACUGAACAACAACAACAACCAGUUGUCACUAAACAACCUGUUUCCAAACCUGCACCUCCACCACGUAAAGAUUCAGUUUCCAAUCUCAAUGUACAUUAUAAUACCAAAACUGAACAACCAACAACAACAAAUACACCACCAAAAAUGCCUCUAUUGCCACCACAACCAUCGACUAUAGUUUUAAAAAAGAUGGUUAUUGCACCUAAACCACCCAUAUCAUCUGUAGCUCAAUCCCAAGACUUGGCAACAACAAACAACACUGCGAUUGAAAAAAGAAAUAGUGGAACUGGACAACAACACCAACAACCAGGAGGACAAGCAAUCCAGGUUGAAUCAAUCUCUUCAGCUCAACAACCAGAUCAACAAGUGGUAAAGAGAAAUAGUGGAGGAGGAGUAAACGGUGCAACCGAACCAUCAAAGAAACCAUUACCUCCUCGCACCACAAGAACCGAAGAUACUGUACCAUUACCAACACCGCCAACACCAUCCAAACCAACAAACAAUACUAAUAAUAAUAAUGAUAACACCAAUGUAGAUAAUAAUAAUAAUAAUAAUAAUGACAAUAACAAUAACAAUCUCAAAACAACGAUUCCAAACUCUAAUCCAAAUAGAGGUAGACCAUUACCACUUCCUCAAUCAAUUCCAUCAGUAGCAGCAGGUGGUAGAGAAUUACCACCAACUCCAAUAGCUGCUCCCACAACAACAACAACCAACAGGGGUAGACCAUUACCUCAAACUCCACCACCACAGGCCACAUAA